CCUCUGACAAGACUCGGCGUAUUCAUCAAAUUCACACCAAACAAAGGGAGCUGAGCGAAUUCCCACCGCACAACACAGCACACACUCGCACUCAAAGACUUUCCCAAGCCAGACACCUACAAAUUCCCAUAGCAAACAAAUUUGACUUUUGCAUACCUGUGCAGCAGGGCCAGGAUCUGAACCUGUUACCACUACGGACGAGCCCCUCCUUGAAUGCAUUCGAUUCUCACGGCCAGCAACGGCAACACUCCAACGCACACACAAAAGGACAUCCAACCCUGUGAAACAGGUUGCCAUGAGACCGAGAAUGGGAACCAGAAUGAGAACAGGACGAUGACAAGUCCUGAAUGUAGCACCGGAGGAUCCUUGCUGAUCCUUUAG